UCUGUCAUGUGACCGUGACGUCAGCUGACUGUAGGGGCAGAUUUAUUUAGAGUGUAAAAAUGUGAAACAAAUAGACUACCUACACAUUUCUCCAUGUGCUGCGGGUAACAUCUGUACCUGUAUUAAUGGCUUUAUGCUAAUUGUCUUGUGUGGAUGGAACGGAGUAGGGCGAAUGAGAAGCUUACGACCAUUUUAAAAAGGGCGCAAGAUCUUUUACUUCCAUUCUUCCUUCCGUUGUGGUGGCUUGUAUUUAGCGAGUAGUGCAAAGAGAAAUCAAUAAUGACCAAGAUGGCGGCGCGUGAACAUCGCGAGGCUCAGCGUCUCUCCAGUUUUAGCAUUUAUAUAGUGUUUUUCUUGCUCAUCUCGGGCUUGUUCGUACAGAACAGUUGUGCAUUCACAUCGUACACCCGACAUGAGCUUUUGGAUAUCGGUUUGCGCAUUCCCGGAAGUUACAUCAGCAACAUUCAACUCGUUCCUGAGAUCGCCAAAACACCCUAUGCUACGCACCCCACACGGCCGGGCGGAAGUGCUCGCCGGCGGCGUCGAGAUCGUAAACAAAGGCGAGGUAAGCGCGGAGGGCUAAGAGCUAAGCUAAAGCUAACACCACACAGGCUCUCUUUACCGUGCAUUUUCCAUGCUAAUGUACGAUCAUUAGUGAACAAAAUGGAUGAGAUUCGACUCCGCAUCAUCAACAAUAAAAGACUUUUGAACUGCAAUGUCAUAAUCUUCACAGAAACAUGGCUACACAGCGGCAUACCGGAGAACGCUAUUGAGUUAGCGGGCUACAACACACACACCGCGGAUAGAACGGCAGAGGAAUCCGGUAAGACAAGAGGAGGUGGACUGUGCAUUUAUGUCAAUAAAGCUUGGUGCACGAACUCUGUUAUUGUCGGAAGACACUGCUCGGCUAACCUUGAGUUUCUCAUGGUUAAAUGUAGACCGUUUUAUCUGCCACGGGAAGUCACUUCCACCAUUAUAACGGCAGCUUACAUUCCACCGGAUGCUGAUGCCAAGGUUGCUAUGAAAGAACUUCAUGCAGCCAUCAGUAAACAACAGACUGCUCACCCGGAGGCUGCAUUUAUUGUUGCGGGAGAUUUUAAUCACUCUAACUUAAAGACAGUGCUCCCUAAAUUUCACCAGCAUGUUUCCUGCCACACAAGAGGAAACAAAACUUUGGAUCAUGUCUAUACAAACAUGGCUGAAGCUUACACCACGACCCCCCUCCCCCACCUGGGUCAAUCUGAUCACCUUCUUUGUUCUCACCCCCAAGUAUUCACCUCUCAUUAAUCGUGUGAAGCCAUCAGUGAAGACCAUCAAGGUGUGGCCUGCGGGGGCAGACAUCACACUCCAGGAAAGGUUUCUACACACAGACUGUUUGCUUCUCAGGCCACCAGUGGCUCUCACACGGACAUAGACAGCUACACCUCCUCUGUAUUGGACUACAUCAAUACCACCAUUGAUAGUGUCACAACUCAGAAGCAGAUCACCAUAUACCCGAAUCAGAAGCCAUGGAUGAACAAGGAAGUGCGCCUCCUUUUGAAAGCACGCAAUACUGCCUUCAGAUCAGGUGAUGAACAUACCUACAGUACUUCCAGGGCAAAUCUGAAGAGGGGCAUCAGAAAGGCCAAGCACUGCAACAAGCUGAAGUUAUAGGAGCAUUUUACCAAUUCUGACCCUCGACGCAUGUGGCAGGGCAUCCAGACCAUUAGUGACUAAAACCACCUAAAAGACUCUCUACCAUCCUCACUGGACCCAUACCAAUUUGCCUAUUGUAGCAAUAGGAGCACAGAUGAUGCGGUGUCUAUGGCGCUGCACUCCGUGCUCACACAUCUGGAUAAUAAGGACACUUAUGCACGCAUGCUGUUUGUAGACUUCAGCUCUGCAUUCAAUACUGUCAACCCUUCCAAACUAAUCUUCAAACUUGGAAACCUAGGCAUUAACAACUCAACCUGCAACUGGAUUAUGGAUUUCUUGACGAACAGGCCUCAGCUUUUAAGUUCCUGGGGACCCAUAUUUCGGAGGACCUGUCCUGGACCACCAACACCUCAUGCCUGGUCAAGAAGGCUCACCAGCGUCUCUUCUUUCUGAGGACACUGAAGAAGAACCAACUGUCUUCAACUAUCCUGGUGAACUUCUAUCGCUGCACGAUAGAGAGCAUCCUGACCAACUGUGUCACAGUCUGGUAUAGGAACUGUUCUGUUGCUGAGCGCAAGGCACUGCAGCGGGUGGUGAAAACAGCCCAGCGCAUCACAGGGACUACACUCUCUUCCAUUGAGGACAUCCAAAAGAAACGCUGUCUGCGUCGAGCUUGCAGCAUUCUCAAGGACUCCUCUCACCCCGCUCAUAGACUGUUUACUCUCCUGCCUUCCGGUAGGCGUUUAGGGUUAGGGUUAAGAAACCAAACUGAAAUCAUUUGUCGACGCGCUACAUGAAGGGUGGAGUCAGUAACAUAUGAGGUCACAUCACAUUCAUUUGAGCAUCACGCUGUACAGCAACCGUACAGAAUGGCAACACCAAAUCAUUCAGAGCUGGACGUGGAGUUGGGAGAUUUACUGCAAGAGUUUAAUGAUGUGGUGAAGGAGUUGAGCACAUCUCACGUCAAUCAACACAUGUUUGUGAAGAGACCCCCAGGACUGACUGAUACAGAAGAUUCAGAUUACAGCGGUGAGACCUCACUGGUCAACGGUAGUGAAGAGGAGCUCAACAUCACAAGCAGGACUGGAGCACCAACAGGCAUGGCCACAGACACCAGUGACCUGCAGAGCUUUAUUGAAAAAUUGGACAGAGAUCUUACAGAGAUGUGACCUGACAGACGGCAGUGACACUAAACUUACAGAGAGAUGGCGUUUCUCAAACGGAUGACUUUGAGACUCCUUCAUGAAGAAAAUAAGGCUAACAUUGACCUGCGCUGUUUGUCAUGACUGUGGGAAGAAAUUUAUGUGUGGAAAUAUUUAUGUCAUGACAUCACGUCAUGUAUAUGUUGAAUAGAUGUUUUUGCAUGAAAUCA